CUGUUGGCAGCAAACUGCUUUUGUCACAACGAAAGACUCAGAAAAUGCGAGUAACAUUUUACUAAUGAACAGAAAAGAAAGCUAAUUACAAAACGUGGUCUGAGUGCUAGCACGCUACUGCGUAACACGUUACAGCUGCGAGAUCAGUCACGGUUACACGUGUCCGUUUGAAGCAUCUGUCUGUAUGUUUGUUUGUUUGUUUGUUUGUUUGUUUAACCAUCAUUUAUUCUGCAGAAGCUUAAUAACAGCCACUGGAGCAUUAGCGCCCUCUGCUGUAUCAUACGAACACUACAUUAGUGCAUUGAAACACCCAUUUGUUCACAUCUUGUGGAUGUUGUGUUAAAGCUGCGGGUUUCAGGUCACAUUUUGACCUGGACGUGUUUUCUGACGUGCGUAUAGGAGGCAGCCUGUGCUUAUGUCAUAGCCCUCAUGGCGGUAUAUUGGUGCACGGAGGUGUUGCCGCUGGCGGUGACAGCGCUGCUGCCAACCAUCCUGUUCCCCGUCCUGGGCAUCAUGGAGUCCAAAGAAGUGUGUAUGCAGUACCUGAAGGACACUAACAUGCUGUUUGUCGGGGGCCUGAUGGUCGCCGUAGCCGUCGAGCACUGGAACCUCCACAAACGCAUCGCGCUCCGGGUGCUUCCAAAUCAGAAAGAAGAGUCAAACAUAACGUGGAGAAAACAUUCAGAGAAAUUGGUCGUGACCGUGGAGAGCAACUGCUGUCAGAUGGAGCUGGAGGAGCUGAGUGACGUGGAGGAGGAGACGAGGAGGAUGAGUAAAGGCCUCCUGCUGUCGGUCUGCUACGCCGCCAGCAUCGGCGGCAUCGCCACCCUGACAGGAACCGGGCCAAACCUGGUCCUCAUCGGACAGAUGAGCCAGCUCUUCCCUCAGAACGGUGACGUGAUCAACUUUGCCUCCUGGUUUGCCUUUGCUUUCCCCACCAUGGUGCUGACCCUGACCCUGGCCUGGUUCUGGCUGCAGUUCCUCUACGUGGGCUGCAACCUGAGGAAGACGUGGGGUUGCGGUGCGGUCCAGUCGCAGAAGGAGCGGGCAGCAUAUGAGGUCAUCAGGGACGAGCAUUCCCGUCUGGGACCCAUGAGCUACGGAGAGUUCAGCGUUCUGGCAGUUUUCAUCCUCAUGGUGGCGCUGUGGUUCACACGAGACCCGCGCUUCAUGGACGGCUGGGCGACGCACAUGUUCAACUCCAAAGCCGAGUGAGUACCAGCGAAAAUUGUUUGUUUGAUCCAAUCAGAGUCUCAGGUCUCUCGAGGCCCCGCCCCUUCUCUGCUCACCUGGCAGGUGACUCAGAAGAAGAUGCCCUGGAAUAUUGUCCUGCUGCUGGGAGGCGGCUUUGCUUUGGCCAAAGGCAGUGAGGAGUCGGGUUUGUCGCGUUGGCUCGGUGAUCAGAUGACGCCGCUCCACUCAAUCCCUCCAUGGGCCAUCGCCGUCAUCCUCUGCCUGCUCGUUGCCACCUUCACUGAAUGUGCAAGCAACGUUGCAACAGCAACUCUCUUCCUGCCCAUCCUGGCCUCCAUGUGCCAGUCCAUCAGUUUGAACCCUCUGUACGUGAUGAUCCCCUGCACCCUCAGCGCCUCCUUCGCCUUCAUGCUGCCAGUGGCCACUCCACCCAAUGCCAUUGUGUUUUCCUCCGGUUUCCUCAAAGUGUCCGACAUGGCAAAAACAGGUGUGGUGAUGAAUAUCAUCGGCAUCGGCUGCAUUAGUCUGGCCAUCAACAGCUGGGGUCGCGUCAUGUUUUCUCUGGACACUUUCCCCUCGUGGGCCAACGUCACUGCGCCCGUGUAGGAGCGACAUCCUCCCACAUCUUUAUUUAUGCACAUAAAACUUUUUCAGGUUUGAUCUUUCAGCUCCAGCAUCUGGCUUUUCCCAGCCAGGAGUUUGUUUUUUAUAUUUGUGUCACAGCGCUUUCUGAGCCACAAGAAACAUCAUCUCGAUUGUGUUGUUUGUGUCAU